GUUCUUUGUUAGGUGCGAAGAUGGCGGAGUCCAGGAACUAAGAGAAGUGUUGUUUCUUUUGUACAGGCAAGAGAGUUGGAUGGGAAAAUGAUGAAAGUGGUCAACCUCAAGCAGGCCAUUCUCCAGGCUUGGAAGGAGAGGUGGAGUGAUUACCAGUGGGCUGUAAACAUGAAGAAAUUCUUCCCCAAGGGGACUACAUGGGACAUCCUGAAUUUAGCAGAAGCACUUCUUGAACAAGCCAUGAUUGGCCCAUCACCAAACCCACUACUCCUGUCCUACCUGAAAUAUGCCAUCAGCUCCCAGAUGGUGUCCUAUUCUACCGUUCUGAUGGCCAUCAGCAAGUUUGAUGACUUCUCCCGAGACCUCUGUGUCCAGUCAUUGCUAGAAAUUAUGGAUAUGUUCUGCGACCGGCUCAGCUGCCAUGGCAAGGCAGAAGAAUGCAUUGGGCUUUGCCGUGCCCUGAUGAGCGUCCUCAGUUGGAUGCUGCGCUGCGCUGCCUUCUACACUGAGAAACUGAAGGAGCCCCUGGAGCAGGGAGCUGCUGAGAACCAGCUCAAGAUGUGCCUGGAGCGGCUGCUGAAGAUCCUGGGUAGCGCCAAGAACCGAGCCUUGAUUCAUAUAGCCAAGCUGGAAGAGACAUCUUCUUGGAAUGCAAUCGAACAGUCCCUAGCCAAAUUGGCAGACAGCUUGGGACACAUCAGCAACAACCAAUUGCGGAGUCAGGUGGAGGAGUGCAUCAGCCUUGUCAAGAGUAUCCCCACCAUGCUCUCGGUGCAUUCAGAACAGCUGAACAAAACUGGUUUCCCCACCAUCCAUGCUGUGGUGCUGUUGGAGGGGACAAUGAACCUGACUGGAGAACCACAGCCACUAGUGGAGCAGCUCAUGAUGGUCAAAAGGAUGCAGCGUAUCCCAUCCCCACUUUUCAUUCUGGAAAUCUGGAAAGCCUGCUUUGUGGGCCUGAUUGAGUCUCCUGAAGGGACAGAGGAGUUGAAAUGGACGGCCUUCACGUUUCUCAAGAUCCCGCAAGUAUUGGUGAAACUGAAAAAAUAUCCCCAAGGAGAAAAGGAUUUCACAGAAGACGUGAAUUGUGCCUUUGAGUUCCUUCUGAAGCUGACGCCUCUGCUGGACAAGGCUGAUCAGCGCUGCAACUGUGACUGCACAAGCCUCCUCCUUCAGGAAUGUAGCAAACAGGGUCUGCUCUCUGAAGCCAACAUGAACAACCUCGUAUCCAAACGGACUGCUGAUCGAGAACAUGCGCCACGCUUAAAGUCUGCUGAGAAUGCCAACAUUCAGCCUAACCCAGGCCUCAUCCUGCGAGCAGAGCCCACUGUCACCAAUAUCCUAAAAACAAUGGAUUCAGAUCACUCGAAAUCCCCAGAAGGGCUGCUGGGUGUCUUGGGACAUAUGCUUUCCGGGAAGAGCUUGGAUCUGUUGUUGGCAGCUGCAGCAGCUACAGGAAAGCUGAAAUCCUUUGCUCGGAAAUUUAUCAAGCUCAAUGAAUUUACCAAGCAUAUCAGUGGUGAAGGCUCCAAAGCGGCUUCGGUCAGAGCGCUUCUCUUCGACAUCUCCUUUCUCAUGCUGUGCCAUGUCGCCCAGACCUAUGGCUCUGAGGUGAUCCUUUCAGAAUCUGGCCCUCCUGGGGAAGUGCCUUUCUUUGAGACCUGGAUGCAGACCUGCAUGCCAGAAGAAGGGAAGAUCCUCAACCCUGACCACCCUUGCUUCCGGCCUGAUUCUACCAAGGUGGAAUCACUUGUUGCUUUGCUCAACAAUUCCUCUGAAAUGAAGCUGGUGCAGAUGAAAUGGCAAGAAGCAUGUCUAAGCAUCUCUGCUGCCAUCUUGGAGAUCCUGAAUGCGUGGGAGAAUGGGGUUCUCACCUUUGAAUCUGUCCAGAAAAUCACAGAUAACAUCAAGGGGAAGGUGUGCAGCAUGGCCAUCUGUGCCGUGGCCUGGCUAGUGGCCCAUGUCCGCAUGCUGGGGUUGGAUGAGAGGGAGAAGUCACUGCAGAUGAUUCAGCAGUUGGCAACGCCCCUGUAUGGCGAGAACACCCUGCAGUUCUACAGUGAAAGAGUGUUGAUCAUGAGUUCAAUCCUUGAGCAUAUGUGUGCUGAUGUUGUGCAGCAGACAGCCGCUCAGAUCAAGUUCCCAGCCACAGGGCCGGACACCAUGCCUUACUGGAACCUUCUUCCUUCCAAGAAGCCUGUCAAAGAGGUGUUGAUGGGCGUUUUCUCCAAGGUGCUGGAGAAAGGCUGGGUGGACAGCCGCUCCAUCCACAUCUUCGACACCCUUCUGCACAUGGGCGGAGUCUACUGGUUCUGCAACAAUCUUGUCAAGGAGCUCCUGAAAGAGACGCGGAAAGAGCAUGCAACGCGGGCCGUGGAGUUGCUGUAUUCCAUUUUCUGCCUGGAUAUGCAGCAGCUGACGCUCACCCUCCUGGGGCACAUCCUGCCCAAUCUGCUCACAGAUUCUUCCAAGUGGCAUAUGCUAAUGGACCCACCAGGCAAGGCGCUUGCCAAGCUGUCCGUGUGGUGUGCCUCCAGCUCCUACUCCUCCCACAACAAGGGGCAGGUAUCUGCCUGGCAGCGCAAGAGACACCGAGAAGAUAUUGAGGAUUACAUCAGUCUCUUCCCAUUGGAUGAUACCCAGCCGUCCAAACUCAUGCGCCUGCUCAGUUCCAAUGACGAAGACACCAGCAUCCUAUCCAGCCCCAGUAAGUGGAAUCACGCAGACCGCACCAUGAGCACUUCACUGUCUGCCUCACAACUCCACACAGUCAGCAUGAGAGAUCCCCUCAACAGGGUCCUCGCCAACCUCUUUCUACUGAUCUCCUCCAUCUUGGGAGCCAAGACAGCUGGUACGCACACCCAAUUUGUCCAGUGGUUCAUGGAGGAGUGCGUGGACUGCUUGGAGCAGGGAAGCCGUGGCAGCAUCCUACAGUUUAUGCCCUUCACCAUGGUCUCAGAGUUAGUGAAAGCAUCCACCAUGUCUAGCCCCAAAAUUGUGCUGGCCAUCACAGACCUCAGUUUGCCUUUAGGCCGAAGGGUGGCUGCCAAAGCCAUUGCUGCCUUGUGAACAUCUCAUGGACCCUGCUUCAGGCAAGAGUGGAACCCUGAGAGCAAAUUCCGCAAAGGCUGGAUAAUGAAGAAGACGCUCUGUUCCAAAGCAGCCACGUUGCUUCCUUGAACUACACAUGCACGCUCCACAGAAGCAGGCACUGCAGUGAUUAGAGAAAAUAGCAAGACAGUGAGUUGGUCUCCAGUGCACCUUAAGAGUGUCCCAUCAGUAGGCUUGGACUUUCCGUGGUUGCCACCCCAAAGUUUACCAAGGAUUUUUGGUGUUGUUUUCUUUCAACCAGCAUCUCAAUUUCUCAGCACUUGCGACGAUUGUCUGAAUGUGUUUGCUGAUAUCUAUAUAUAUUUUUCUCCUUUGGUUUUUCCUGCUUUACAAACAUCCGGGCUUCUUCCCUUCAUCCAGCCCCCUGUUUUCAUUCUGAAACACAUGAAAAAAGCUGUUUAUCGAAGAAAUGCAACCUGUUUUUAAAAUCACUUUUUUGCAGUAGUUUCACAAAUCGUUAGGAAUAGUUAUGAGGUAAAAAAAAUCGUAUUCAUAACACAGACUAUUUUCAUGAAGAGGCUGAACUUCACAAGAUGAGUGUAAUAAUCUAAUUCCCCAAAACUUCAUUUCUUGCUUAUGUGCAUAUAGGCUUACAUUAUUUUGUUUACUUCUGUAAAUUAAAAAUGUUUUAUAAAUACUGAAAAAGAUUACAUACAAA